AUGGCAAAAGCCAAAAGCAGGAAUACAGUUAUAAAGCUGGUUUCAACAGCUUUAACGGGCGUCUGUCGUCAUAUAUUAGUGCCUAGAGGCUCCCCAAUAGUGACGCAGGUAAGAUAUGAUCGUGUUGCUAAGCGACAUGUGCUAUUUAAGGAGGCAAAGAAGCGUAAGAUAGCAGAUCCGACCUCCAAGAGUGGUUAA